AUGCUGCCCAGAGACAAGCAGCGUCGCACAACCCACUACAACUCGUCGCUCGAAAAGGCUAUGAGCCACUCCGAGGCAAAGCAGUUCUACCAACGACAGCGCGCCGAGAAGCUCGACACUCCAACCAUGACCAAGUCGCGCACCCUCAGCUCCCACGUCGCGCCCGAGUCCACCACCUUCUCUCCGCUUAAUCCGCUCAGAGCCAGCAAGAGCAAUGCCAGCCUGCAAGCGAAGGAUGCCUCGUACCAAUCCGCCCUGCCCAUUGGCAUGGCGAAUGCUGCGAAGCCUCCCACCAGCGCCGAAGUUCAGACUCCUGGUCUCGGCCACUUCGAUACUGCUCGCCACUCUUUCUCCCAACAGAACGAUGCCCCUUCGCCCCUGAUCCAAGCCGACCGCGACGCUCGCGCUCACAACCACCAUCCCAACCUACCCCAUGAGCAGAAGCCUUUCUUGGAGCAACAGGGCCUACAUGGUGCCGGCGCAGGUGUUGGUCUGGGAAGCGGCUCUGGAGGCUUCGCCGUCGACGACUCAAAGGUCACUACCGAGCUCACUGCCAUUUACAGCAACAUCCAGAAGGUCUUGGAUCUGAGACACAAGUACAUGCGCUUGUCGCUACAGGGCGCUACAGACAACCCCAAGGAUGAACCUGGCUGGACCAUAUACCCCCCUCAUCCAGACCCUUCGUGGCAAGAGUACGAGCAGAACAUGACAGAGAGUCAAGACCUCAAGACUCCGCGUAGAAGACCUCGUAAGAUGGGCCAGAACAUUGGUGAAGACUUCGAGCUUGACGACCUAAUGCCCCUCCCUGGCCCCGGCGAGAUGGCCUUCCGUCUCGACUCCAACGGCGUCUACCAAGUCUAUGAGAACAACAAAGCCGCCGAGCACGACUCUCCCAUUGUCCAUAUCCCAACCAUCCGCGAGUUCUACAUGGACCUUGACGCUAUCUUGACCGUAUCCUCGGACGGUCCCAGCAAGAGUUUCGCCUUCCGUCGUUUGCAGUACCUUGAAGGCAAAUUCAACUUGUACAUUUUGCUCAAUGAGUACCAAGAAAUUGCAGACACAAAAGCAGUACCACACAGAGACUUCUACAACGUCCGAAAGGUUGACACUCACGUACACCAUUCGGCUUGUAUGAACCAAAAGCAUUUGCUGCGCUUCAUCAAGAGUAAGAUGAAGAAGAGCCCUAACGAGGUUGUCUUGUACCGCGAUGGCAAGCAUCUGACUCUGCGAGAGGUCUUUGAAAGUAUUAACUUGACUGCUUACGAUCUCUCGAUUGACACACUCGACAUGCACGCUCACACCGACUCGUUCCACCGCUUCGACAAGUUCAACCUCAAGUAUAAUCCAGUCGGAGAGUCGCGUCUGCGUACCAUCUUCCUCAAGACAGACAACUACAUUCAUGGCAGGUACCUGGCCGAAAUCACAAAAGAGGUCAUAGCCGAUCUCGAGGCAAGCAAGUACCAGAUGGUGGAAUGGCGCAUCUCCGUUUAUGGUCGUGACCUGGAAGAGUGGGACAAGUUGGCGGCAUGGGUUGUGGACAACAAGCUGUAUUCGCCUAACGUGCGGUGGUUGAUUCAGAUUCCUCGCCUGUACGAUGUCUACAAAAACUCCAGCCUGAUGGAGAACUUUGAGCAGGUCAUUCAGAACGUCUUCCAGCCUCUUUUCGAAGUCACGCAAGACCCAUCGUCGCAUCCGAAACUGCACAUUUUCUUGCAAAGAGUCAUUGGCUUCGACUCAGUUGAUGACGAGAGCAAGACGGAGCGUAGAAUCUACCGCAAGUUUCCUCUGCCCAACGAAUGGAACACUGCUCAGAACCCGCCCUACUCGUACUGGAUCUACUAUCUGUUCGCGAACAUCUCGUCGCUCAACGUCUGGCGCAAGCAGCGUGGCUUCAACACGUUCCUGUUGAGACCUCACUGUGGUGAGGCUGGAGACACUGACCAUCUUGCUGCCGCUGUUCUGUGCUGUCACAGCAUCUCGCACGGUCUGCUGCUGCGCAAGGUACCUUUGCUGCAAUACAUUUUCUAUCUUGAGCAGAUCGGCGUCGCAAUGUCGCCCUUGUCCAACAAUGCCCUGUUCCUCGCUUACGAGCGCAACCCUUUCCUGUUAUACUUCCGUCGCGGUCUGAAUGUCUCUCUUUCUACCGACGAUCCCCUACAAUUCGCCUUUACGAAGGAACCCCUCAUCGAAGAGUACGCAGUGGCUGCCCAGAUCUACAAGCUCAGUGCAGUCGACAUGUGCGAGCUCGCAAAGCACUCGGUGCUUCAAAGCGGAUUCGAGCAUUCGGUCAAACAACGCUGGCUUGGUCACAACUACCAUCUUGCUGGGGUUGCUGGAAACAACAUGGCAAAGGUCAACGUGCCAAACAUCCGCGAGGCCUUCCGUCAUGAGACUUGGUUGCAAGAACUUGCCAUGUAUGCUAAUCUUCCUAACGGCAGAAGGUCACCCACAUUUACUGAUUUCCCGCUCUAG